GGACCUUGUUAAUGAAUGGUAGACGUCGCGGAUAUUCUUCUUCGAUAAUCUCAUAUACAUAAAACUGAGUACCAAAUAUUAUUGUAAAGCUCGGUAUACACACGAUCAUGUCGGACAAGAAAACGGUUAUAGCCUUUGAUCUCUAUGGUACUCUCCUCUCCACGGAAAGUAUUGCAAAAGAAUUGGCUCGCCAUUUUGGCAAUGAGAAGGCUCAAUCAGUUGCUACGCUAUGGAGAAGAUAUCAAUUAGAAUAUACCUUUCGAAUGAACAGCAUGUUACUGUAUAAACCCUUUUCACAAAUCACAAAUACAUCGCUUCGUCACGCAAUAUCCGAACACAAACUUGCUCUGUCUGAAGCAGAUAUUGAGAGUGCAAUGGAAGCAUAUAAUUCUCUCUCCGCCUUUCCAGACGCUCUAAUAGGACUCGGAUACUUGGCGAAAGAUUCGGAAACCAAUGCAUAUGUAUUCUCAAAUGGGACAAAUGAAAUGGUUUCUUCAUCCGUCCAAAGUUCCCCAGAGCUUUCAAGCUUCAAAGGUCUUUUUAAGGAACUUAUCACAGUGGAUGAUGUAAAACACUAUAAGCCUCAUCCAAAAGUUUAUGAACAUCUGGUUAGGGAGGUGAGAGGUGGUGUUGAGAAAAAGGAUUGCGAGAAUGUGUGGCUUGUCAGCGGAAACCCGUUUGAUGUUGUAGGUGCGAGACACGCUGGUUUGAUGACUUGUUGGGUGGAUAGAAGUAAAGGGGGCUGGAAUGAUACUUUAGGCGAUUUGGCAAGUGGGGGGCCGCAUCUGGUUGUUGAGGGGGUUGAUGCCGCUGUGAGGGAGAUUAAGAGAGUUUCUAAGGAUUAGUUGGAAGUUGGGGAAUUUGCUGAAGGUUUAGCUUACUCUUGGUAAGUGUAUGCUUGUAUACUAGGCCCGGGAGGCUACCAUUUAUUAUAGACUGUAAACGUAUGGAUUAAGUCUCUGAGGAAAUGAGAAAGACGAGAAGUGAAUUAGUCAAAAGAUAGAAGAAACUUGUCGUAUUUGAUUGAAAUUUCCCGGAUAAGAAGGUAGUUUAAAAAAUAGAAUCGCCA